AUGCUCAAUCCCAGCUCUGCUCUGAGGUUGGAGGAAGGUUGGCAAAUAGCCGGGACAACAGGAAACCUCCAGAACCUGAAAAAAUUUAAUAAUCAGGACUUCGGCCACCUCCGAGCCUUGUGUCUGAGCCAAGGCCGGCUGUUUGAGGAUGACACCUUCCCUGCUCACAUCAGCUCCAUCGGUGCGAGCCUGCUCCCAGAGGACCAGCUGCAGCAAAUAGAGUGGAGGAGGCCAACUGAACUUCGAAGAAAUCCCUGUUUGAUCAUGGAUGGAGUUAGCAGAUUCGAUAUUAUUCAAGGACAAAUAGGUGACUGCUGGGUGCUGGCUGCCCUGGGCUCCCUGACAAUGCAGAAGCAAUUUUUGGAAAAUGUUUUACCAAAGGACCAAGGAUUCCAGAAUGAUUAUGCUGGGAUAUUCCAUUUCCGGUUCUGGCAAUUCGGAGACUGGCUGGAUGUGGUGAUAGAUGACCGUCUGCCUUUCCUAAAUGGGAGCUACCUGUCUGUACACCCUCGAACAUCAAAUGAAUUCUGGCCAUCCUUGCUGGAAAAAGCAUAUGCCAAAUUGCGGGGCUCCUACCAGAACUUGCAUGGAGGCUACAUUUCUGAUGCUUUAGUAGACUUCACAGGUGGAGUCCAAGUUCAGUUUUCAUUAAAGAACCCCCCUCCUGAUCUGGAGGAGAUACUGAAAGCUGCUGGCAAAUCUCAGUGUAUGAUGGGGUGUAGCACCUCAGGACAGCUGAGGAACAGAGAAAUGAGGAAUGGAAUUGUACAGGGUCAUGCCUACACUGUCACAGGAGCAGUGAAGAUACGCUACAAGAAUGGCUGGGAACAUAUCAUCAGAAUCUGGAAUCCAUGGGGCCGUGGGGAGUGGAAGGGGGCCUGGAGUGACAAUUCUCCAGAGUGGAACCAUGUUGAGCCUCAAAUCAAGGAAGACCUCUGCAGAAACAAAGAUGAUGGAGAAUUCUGGAUGUCCUGUGAAGACUUUUGUGAGCAGUUUUCCUGGCUGUGUAUAUGUAACAGCACCCCAACGUUCCUGGACUUUGGAGAUCAGCGCAGCACGACAUGGUCUGUGGACAGGCACAUCGACCAGUGGAGUAAUUCACUCUCCACAGGCAGGAACAACUCUUCCCUCGGUGCAGUUUCGAAGAACCCUAAGUAUUUCUUUGAAGUGACAAGUAAUGCCCCCAAAAGCUAUAAUGUGGUCAUUUCACUCAUGCAAAAAUAUGCUGAGGGUAUGGAGGAUGCACAGACUUUGAGGAUUGGCUUUUCGAUCACAAAGAAGAACUCCAAAGUUCUGAAACAAGAUUUUUCUCUUACUCGAGAUGUCACCAACUACUUUACUUUGAGUCCAGGAACCUAUGCUGUCAUUCCUGCUACAACAGAGCACCAAGAUUUUGAAUUUGUCUUACGAAUUUUCUUGAAGAAUGAAUGCUACAAUGAGAACUCAGACUCCCUGCUCAGCCCAAUGCUGCCAACGGUUGUACCAAGACAGAACCAGGACAGCUCCUAUAAGGCUAUCUUCCUAAGAUAUGCUAAACAGGGCUCAGCUAUUGAUGCCUCGCAGCUGCGACAACUCCUUAAUGAAGUGGUCCUGCAAGAUGAAAUGGCCAGCCUUGGAGGAAAAUUCAGCUUUGAUUCAUGCAGAGGCAUUUUAGCUCUGAUGGAUACGAAUUCGAAUGGACGACUCACACUGCAGGAGUUUGGGAGCCUCUGGCAAAAACUCACCAAGUACAUGGAUAUCUUCACGAGGGAAGACAGAAAUAAUUCUGGAUUUCUUGACAUAUCUGAAUUGAAGAGUGCAAUACAGACAGCAGGUCUGGCCAUCAAUGAGCAAGUCCUACACCUGGUGUCCCUGCGGUUUGGUGAUGUUACCAGGAGAAUCGGCUUCUCUGACUUCAUGUGCUGCAUGCUGCGCCUUGAAACCAUGACCUGUGCAUUUCAAAACUUAGCAAAUGGUGGAUCACAAAUUUUGGUGACGGCAAUGGAGUGGCUGACUCUUGUCAUGUACAUCUGAAGACUUGUCCGAGCUCAAUGUGGCUGGUGAGAAAUCUCCUCAGUACUAUACACACUGGGAUGAAAGGGGUGGCUUUUCUGCUCCUUGGUGUGAGACAGCUUGAAGCCAUCCCACAAAGCCAUCCAGGGGGCUCUUGAAGAAACAAUAACUGUGAAGGCAUGAAGUCAGGUUUUCUUAUGGAUAUUCACUUAUGCUUGAUGGCACUCAGAUGUCUGGACUGAUGGUCCUUCUCAGGUGAACUGGAGUUUUUUUGGAGAGAGAAGAAAGAGAUCCAUGGGGAAGCUGGUAGUACUUAAUGGCCUAGGCAGGCUCGAAGUGCUGACUGUAAUCGCCUCUCAUCUUUGUGUAAAUAGUUUGGCUGGUUUUCCUGCUUCACAAAAGUCGGGAACUGCUCUGUUAACUCCAUUGCAAAUAAGAACAGAGUCAGGCCUUUUAUUUGCAAGGGCUGUUUAUUGCUUAGGUAAUAAAACCAAUUAAGACAGUUUUUCUGAAUUAAUUCUUAAUUUGCUUUUGUGACACUUCUAAAUGCCAGAAAAAGAUUGAAGAAAUUAAUUGUAAUUAAUAAAUAACACCAGGAGCUUUACAUUUUUUUUACACUUUAUUAAAAGAAAACGAAGUCUUGUGUAUGUUCCUCAGCUGUAGAGAUUCAACUUUACUUGCUACGUAGAGGAAGAGGCAUAUUAGAAACAUAGAACAUUGUUCAGUGUUUUUUGUCUGAUUUCCAGCGUGUGCAUCAGGACCAUUUGGGAAGAGACAAGUUUAUCUGAAUUGCAUUCUCUUUCUCUGUCCUGAUGUCUUUAAAAGGGCUUCUUCAAAUAAAAUUGCUGCUCAAAUGUUUAACUUAAAUAUGCUAAAUAACUGUAGCCUCUCAGUAGCCCACACACAAACUCCACUUCCAUACUUUUAUCAUGAUGAUAAAAGCAAAUCUAGUGAUCUAUUCCAUUCAACUAUUGAAUAAAAAAAUCUCUGAAGUCUCUCUUUGUGUAAACGCCAAAAAGAUGGAUGCAAACGUCGAUGGAUGAAAGCAAUUCAGGGUAGUCAUGGCAAUAUCAUUCAUACCAUGCCUCACCCAGACCCUCUGCACAAUUUUCCAUCAAGGUAUCCACACACAAGCCACAGAUUUACUCAUCUGGCAGUAAGAUGUUACAUGCUGGAGCAACAGCUACAUCACAAGGUAAAGUCAUUUUGCAGCAAUGUCUCAUUCUGCAGCUUGGAGAGCAUUACUCAUAUAGGUAAGUCUUAUGCAAGCAGGGCCACUGUACCCACCCUUUCACA